AAGACCAUACAUAUCAAACUACCAUUACCUCAAAAUUCUCUUACACGGAACAAAUCCAUACAGACAUACCCCACUCCUCCUUACACAUGUCCAACACCUAUCCUUCACUCUCAGACUACUCUCUCCCUCCUACAAAAUCUCUCCUCCUCACGCCCCACUCCUCCAUUUUCUCUCAUCAGGGUUUCUCUCUAUUCUCUUCCUCUUCAUCACUUCUUCUUCUUUCUUUUACUUCUCCCUCAGUUUCACAGAUUCUUUGGAAUGUUAGAAAACCAAUUCCGGCCAACAGUGUUUGCAGAAGCCAACAAUCAUAUAUCUUCCAAGAAAGGCUACAUGGUUCGCUCGGAUCCCAACAUUUCGUCCUCCUCCGCCGCCUCCAGCGACGCCGAUGACUUCGCUAAUAGGAACAGCAGCUUCUCUGGCUAUGAUCCCAAUCGCCUCAGCGGUGAUUGCUCCCCCAUGAUGAUGUCUCCCUGGAACCAAACCUCGCCCUUUGCUAAGUCGCCUUGGUCCAAUUUCUCGGAAACUGGCCCCCAGAACGUCCCUCAAAGUGGCCUCAUCGGCUCCCUCGUCCGCGAGGAGGGCCAUAUUUACUCCCUUGCUGCAAAGAACGACCUCCUCUACACCGGCUCCGACAGCAAGAACAUCCGCGUCUGGAAGGACAUGCAGGAAUUCUCUGCCUUCAAAUCCAACAGUGGACUCGUCAAGGCCAUUAUCAUCUCCGGCGACAAGAUUUUCACCGGUCACCAGGACGGCAAGGUUCGUGUUUGGAAAUUCAAUCCCAAGAAUCCCAGCGUCCAUAAACGUGUUGGCACUAUGCCCACGUUUUUCGACAUAUUCAAAGCCUCUAUCAGGCCGAGGAAUUACGUGGAGGUCAAAAGUAAACGAACUGCGCUCUGGAUCAAGCACACGGACGCCAUUUCUUGCCUGAGCAUGAACCAAGAGAAAGGACUCCUUUAUUCCGCUUCCUGGGACAGAACUUUCAAGGUAUGGAAGGUGGAGAAUUCGAAAUGUAUUGAAUCCGUCAAGGCUCACGACGACGCUGUAAACUCCGUCGUGUCGAGCAUCGAUGGGAUAGUCUACACCGGCUCUGCCGACGGCACUGUUAAAGUAUGGACGAGGGAACAUAAAGGGAAGGUCAUCAAGCACAACCUAACGCAGACGCUCCUCAGCCAGGAGUGCGCCGUCACGGCAUUGGCCGUCAACGCGUCGGGUUCGGUUCUGUACUGCGGCUCGUCGGACGGGCUAGUAAAUUUCUGGGAGUUAGAGAAGCAGUUCUCGCACGGCGGCGUGCUGAAGGGCCACAAGCUGGCGGUGCUCUGCCUGGCGGCGGCGGGGAAUUUGGUGUUCAGUGGCUCAGCUGAUAAAACGAUAUGCGUGUGGAGGAAGGAGGGCGGGGUGCAUACUUGCCUCUCAGUGUUGUCGGGGCACACGGGGCCGGUGAAGUGCCUGGCGGUGGAGGAGGACAAGGGGUCCAGUGCCGGCGGCGAGAAGAAAUGGGUGGUUUAUAGUGGGAGUCUUGAUAAAUCAGUGAAAGUGUGGAGCGUGUCGGAGACGGCGCCGGAAUUGGGUUUAGGACAGCACAAAGUUGGAGAUUACAACUGGGAUUCUGUACCACCUCCGAAGUAUUAAUCUAAGACUGUAAUGUAAUGAGUUUCAGUUUUUCACAAUCUUGAUAAGUACUGUUUGAUCCGUGGUUUGAGGAUUAAGAUGUCUUUUUUUUUUUUUUUCAGUUAAAUUUAAAUUUGAUGGAAGAAGAGUAAGAAGAUGAGUGGCAUUGUAAAUUAUGAGUUAAUCAUGUGGGAUAAGGGAGGUUGAUUGAUCAGUUGCAUAGAAUAAUUUGUUUUCUUGAUUAGAUAACUUAUUUUAAUUAAUUUCCUUCCCUUUCUCUCU